UUUAUCCCAUUCCGCACGGGGACACGGAUGCUGGUCGUUCGUAGAAGAGGCAAGUGUGAUGACCCUAGGGCUAAAAGCCCCGAGCUGGCAGAACAGCAGCCAGCUCUACUCAUGAAGUUGUCAGGUAGGAAGGUUUACUAACGAACACUUGGCGGAGCCACACUGGCUGGCCCCCGUUACAUAUGGUUGUUAAAAAAGUUAAAGUACCAAUGAUUGUCACACACACACACUAGGUGUGGUGAAAUUUGUCCCCUGGAUUUGACCCAUUCCCUUGUUCACCCCCUGGGAUAUGAGGGGAGCAGUGGGCAGAAGCGGUGCCGCGCCCAGGAAUCAUUUUUGGUGAUUUAACCCCCAAUUCCAACACUUGAUGCUGAGUGCCAAGCAGGGAGGUAAUGGGUCCCAUUUUUAUAGUCUUUGGUAUGACUCGGCCGGGGUUUCAUACUCAGGGCGGACACUCUAACCACUAGGCCACUGAGUAGACUAUGUUGAAGUUAAGUUCUUCUUAAAGAACAACCCGUCGAUCACGAAAAUUUUAGAAAGAAAAAGUAUUAAUAUGACAUCAGGAACAAACCAAAACUAAAAAUGACUAAUAGACCCACCAGCAGGCACACAUUUUAACCCCUGAACACACCCGCACGCCUCGCCUCUUCUCUUCAGCCUCGACACCGCCGCCACACCCCCCAAGCGCGGCCGCACACUAUAACCACUCGUCUAUUAAACGCAAUUUGCAUGAUGUGCACAAAAAUCAUUGAGCUGCAACAAUGUAUUAAGGCUGAUUGUUGCAACGCAUCGGACAUUUUCUAGCAUCCAACAAACAACUGUCCUCAACCACGACCAUCAUCGCUCGCAUGAAGCUAACAUAUAGGGUCUGUUAACAUUGCUCUAAAGUACAAAUUUUGUGUUGAUUUAUUUUGCAUAGAAUGUGCAAAGGCAGUAUAAUAUAUAAUAAAACAAGUCGGCAGCUAAAGAAGGACUUCCCCUUUUAUCCCCUCUUUAUCACAAAGGAAAAACCCGCCAGGUGAACAGCUGAUUUUACUACUUUCACUGCUGACAUAAGACAACCAUGUAACUCGUCCCAUAUGUGACCAUAGGAUGAACCAAUAUACUAAGACUAUAGUGGCCAUAAACAGUUAGCUUCUACAGCUGGGGUGCCCAAAGUUCACCGCAGGGGCCAUGUGUGGCCCGUGACUUUUUUGUCUUUGGACCUAGGCACAAUAAAACAAAACAAAAUAAAACAGCAAAAGUUGGGAAAACAGCAAGAAGCAUGAUGAGAAAAAGUCAAAAAUGUCGACAUCAGCCAAUAAUAACGACACAAAGCUUUGUCUUUAAAAAACAAAAACACAUAUGAAGUAAUGAUAAAUACAUUUGCUUCCUGUUGACACUUACUUAUAGCAGUUGUUGCUGUAAGGGUUAUAGCUGCCCAGUACAGUGAGCGUGCCCACACCAAUGCUGUAUGAGAAGAAGAUCUGGGCGCCAGCUUCCAUCCACACCUGUCAACACAAAUGAGUGUGUUUUGCAUUGUGUUCCCACCACCGCGCGUAACAGCGCCUAUACCUGAGGGUCUGUGAGUCGCGACGGUUCUGGAAGAAGAUAGAACACCACUCCUUGUCUGGCCCCGGGAAGAGUGAGUCCACGGAUCAACAGGAUGAGCAGCAUGAUGUAAGGGAAGGUGGCGGUGAAAUACACCACCUGGAAAGGAUAGUAGUUACAUGCUUUUAAAUGAGGUAUCACACACUUGCUGCCAUUUUUCAAGACUUUACCUUUCCGGUAGAUUUAACGCCUUUCCAGAUGCAGAAGUAACAUAUGAUCCACAUGGCGAUGAGGCACAGCAGCACCUCCCACCUGAUGCUGCCGAUCUCCUCAAUGCCCCCUGAGAUGUUCAACACCCUACGUCUAUAAAUAAAUAAUUCUGUUGCUGCUGAAGUUCCGUUGGUGUGGUUGCUGCCCUCCAGUGUGUGAUUUCUUGUUGUGAAGUCUACACAAUCCACUAAUGGAGUGUUACACACCUUCAGCCAGUGGACACAGCUUCCUCCAGCAUGUGAUCCCACCCUCUUGGGAGUACUGGCCUACGGCAGUUUCCAAAAGGAAGAGCGCUGUGGCUUGCAGGUGCCACUGCCCCGGCUGGAUAGGAGGCCGCAGACGAACACGGUACAGACCAUUGAAGGACUGGAAGUCAGCCAGAGAGCCUUCCUCGCUCAACAGAGACUGGCUGUGGCCUAAAAAAGGAUCGACAAGGAUGCACUCUGUCAGAAGGCCAGUAAUGUGUAAGGUCACGUUUUUUACAGAGCUGUCAACUCUGAAGGAGUGUGAUGACAUCUGGUCCUGGUCCGUCUUGAGAUAGAGAAGAGUCACCUGGUAAGAAAAAAAACCUUGAACACACCUAUAGGAACCUUUUUAAGACCAUUUUCCAGCACUGUAAAUGUUGUUACAAUGUUGGAUACUUGUGUUAAACAAUGCCAAAGCAUCAAAUCACUGAGGUUCAUACAUUUUGGCAUGAGCUCGCUAAAGUUAAGAUCGUAUUCCUCUGGUUCAGGCUGUGAGAAAACGCAAACAAGUUUGGAUAAAGUAUUAUUUUCAAUAAUUCUUGGUAUGCGCAUAAAACACAGGCGUGUGACAUGCAGUAACAUAAAUGCUGGUAAAAAAACAGCUUUUUUUAUGCUGAGUCUAAAUCGCUCGUCGAGUGUGCAGGUGUACCUAAAGUUGUGACCGGGUGAAUCUAUGGUUAUGGUUCUAAUGUUUAUGAAGUCUCUUUUUGACUGUGUCUGGGGGGGAAAACAGUGCUGGCGACUUCAAGAUGUACAUUUAAACAGUGUAUUGUUUCAAAAGAUGAAUAAUGAUCAUUUUGGAAAGUGUGAGGCAUUGGUUUCAUUUGCAAUCGGGGAACGACUCCAAAAUCGAACAUUUUGCAGACAGACUCAAAAAACAGCUUAUAAAAAUGUCUGUGGAGCAAAAUAUACGCAAUAAUUACAUCAAAGCAUUUACUGUACAUAAUAUCUGGACCACACGGAAGUGUUUUAAAUGUAGAUUAGAAUCAUCGUACGCCUUCUUUAAUGGCCAAAACUAUACCAUUAUUUUGCACCUAUCUUUGUAUUUUAGUUAGUGGGCUAUGUUUUGGUUCAUGAAGAAUGCCAUAGAUACUAUAACCUAGAUUCCGAUAUCUCUUUUUGUAUCCAGAUUUAUACUAAAUUUCUCAAAUUUUUUCCUGGGUCCUUGCGCCACUCCUUUACAAUGUUUUUAUGAAAAUUGAUUUUGUAGUUGAUGCGUAAUCCUGAUGUAUUAAACAAAAACAAUAAUGAAUGGACAAAAGAACAGUCCACAUUUGUCCAAAAAAUACAUAAUUAAUAUUACAGUUGUCCUUUGAAUAUGAUGUUUACCUUGCGACGCAUUUACCUUGUCAGCUGCUGUGUUGUCCUCCACAAUAGAGGAGACGCUGUGGAUGUCAGAGUUGCUGGUGAAUAUCGUCAGUCCUCCAGAUAAAGAUGACAGGGACAUGUAGAGGGAGAACCGAUCAGGGGGCAAAGCUUCUCUACUCCUCCUUUUCCUUUUCUUCUUCUUCCUCCUUCUUUCUGUGCUCUCUGUAGCAUGGUUGGGGUCUUCAGUCAGGAGAAAGGUCACCUGUGGGAGCAUCGGUUUAGGAAAUGCUUGGUUUGUAUCUUCUAUCUUUUAAUUAGCAACGAACAGUCUUACUUUGCUCUGUUUGGCAAGCGCCAGGGCCUUCACCACGUCAAACAAGUGGGCGUCCUUGGGGGAGGCGUCAGUGAACACAAAGAUUUCGGACAGCGGCGGACUGUGAGAGAGAGCCAGCUGCAAGAACACAACAGUUAGCGGACAAACACUUGAAUCAUGGGAGUUUUGGAUCUACCUGAAUGGCUGUGAAGCACAUCUCUGGUUCGUCGCCUCCUCCCAGCGCCAUUAAGUUCUCCAUGUGCUGCAUAAACUGGUUGGGGUCAUCCGUCUCGUACACUGGUCCCACCUCUGCACACAACACUGGUAAUAAAUCUAAUGGGAUUUAUAUUUCUGUAGUCACUCUGUAUUAAAUAUAAAAUGUGUAUGUCUUUAAUGCAGAGUGAUCAUUUAAUUCCAAUUGUCUGUUUCUGUUGGUCUUUAGGGCAGUUAUGAUUGCAACAAGUGGCUGCAAGCAUGUGAUUAAACCAAGAAACCAUUCUGAAAUUGGAAUAAAUAAAAACCCCACCAUAAAGCAUAUUUUCAAUGCUAACACACACUUUUUUUUUACUCAACCAGCCAUGUCUGAAAUUACAGCUUAAUUGCACCCAUAACUUUCUCAACCUCACUUUCUCAACUUGUUACAGGUUUUUCAGCAAAUUGUUGUAGUCUCAGUUUGGUUGCCGGGCAGCCGGCAGAGGAUUUACAACUACACUUCUUUCUUUGCAUCUUGCCCAUUUAGGUCUUUCCUCUCAAAGUGUACGUAUUUUGUUUUGGGGUUUGACAAAGAUGCACAUUUAGAAUUUAACCUUUAGAGGAGGUGCCCAUUAAGUAAUAUCAAACAUAUAUUAGAUAAUGUGUUAAUGGUGAAAACUGUCACUUGUGGACGUUGUGUGACUGAGCCCGAGAGCAACAUGUGGUAGAAAACUAAUGGAUGGAUAAAAGCUGAGCCACAUGAUUUCAUAACUCAUAUUCUCAACUCUAACAGUAUGCAGUGUCAAGUAUUGGGUACUGGGAAGACAAAGUUGUGCCCAGCAGGGAUCAAAUGCUGUCGUUUCUGAGACACUGCCAUGACAGUCGGUUAUUCACGGCAGUGUGAACACUCACCAGGGUCAUGGAAGGGUACCAACACAAAGCUGCCGGGUUGCCCAGGGAGGCUGGCUCUAUUCUGGAUGAGGGUAUGAGCCCGCAGACGAGCUGCUGUGAUUUCCUCAAACAUGCUCCCUGUGGUGUCCAUGACAAAGACCAGUGCUGGGACCUGCUUCACGCUAAAAAGCCUGCAUUACAAACAUGCAUAUCUAUUACUGUAUUCUUCAGCAUUUUCUUGACAGGCGAAAAAAACUUGAAAAGCACCUGAGGAAGGUCUUGUGUCCCACUGUGUCUCUGAGGUCUCUCAGUACUGUCAGCGUGGCUUCAGAUGCCAGCAUCGCCGCUUUCACGUGGAGGUAAUGAUGAGGGGAGAAGACAGGGGAGGUGCUGUCCUUGUUGAUGCCCCCUUUGGCUCCUAUAGAGCGACUGCUGUCCAGAAUGCCUCCAUGGCUGCAUUUGCCUGACAACAGAAGUUGUUUUCAAAGCAAUAGUGACUAAAUUUACAGAAUUAAUUGGUUAUUGUUGUUGUUUGACUGUCUAAGACAGACAUUUACAUGUAAAGGUAUUUGUGUGAAAACUUGAACUGACUUGCUUUUUUUGUAUACCUUCAGGUUUUGGAGGGAAAGUGCUGAAAUAGCCGGUUGUAAGCAUCUGGCCGUCUCGCUUUGUGUUUGUCAGUCUUGGGAGAAGGUUGUUCCGACAGGUGGCACUAAAGCACUCCAUACAGGUGGGUGUGUCACCUGCGGAGCGAGAGGGACGCCCAUUACAUGAGUUAACGACCAUUCAUCCAUUAUCAUGACUGAUGCACCUCUGCCCAAGGUAUGAAUACUUUGUGUUAUAAAAUUCAAUAUAUCUACACCAGGGCUAUUCAAUUGGCAGCCCGGGGACCAUAUCCAGCCCGGAAAUGUUUGUUUUUUUACCUUUGUUCAUCCUCCUAUAGUAGCCUUUCAGUUUCCAUUCAUGAUUAAUCGAUCCCUGAACUGGUUAGACAAGCCUUAGCGCUACAUUGCCACUGCCAUUAUUUUAGUGCAUUCCAAAAGGACCUUGUAGAGAGCAAGCAUGACAUGUUGAACCUUAGGUGUAUGUCUAAGUUACCUUCAGCCACAGGGACAGCUGGCUCCUCGGGCUGCAACAGGUGCAGGUAAAUCGAGCGCUGACCCAUCUCCACCCAGUUACUGUGGCUGUAGAAGUCCUGGAUGAGUGAAAUAGUUGGCCCAAACUGUGACGGGCACUUUGGUGCUCAUGGGCCCGUACUGACAGCAGCGUAUGAGCCCAGAACCGCCGCAGCAUUGCCAUGGCACUGUCCACGCGCUCAGAAUCAAAGUGGUACACAGGGUCAGACUUGGUAGAGCUCAGAAAGUCCAUCUCUGCAUUGGCAUUCACCACCUCCCCCAUGGCUCUCCAGAACCCUCGCCCCAGACUGGUCUGCAAAGGAUGCAGGCGGACAUGUAGAUUUCCAAGCGUGUUCAUGCAUGGUGUUCCUUGUCUUUAUGGAUGUCCCUCAGAGUGUCCAACGUGACAUUGAGGAUGGCCUGCUCAGUGAUGUACUGGUGUGUGUGCGAAUCCCAGGACAGCGUCAACACCCGAGACCAAAAGUUGGGGAGAAAGCAUGUGCACGGUGCCGCCAGGAGAAGGAAAAAAAAUCAAUAUUGAGAAGUUUCCUGUUGACGCCCAAUCAUGGUGAGACGCUGUGGGCUGCUCACUAACAACAGGGAGCCAGUUCCUUUAAAGGGCAUUGAAGUAGCGCUGGAGGUGAAGGACCACGUGGCCACAGUAGUGUCCACUCUACACUAUGAUAACAAGGAGGACAAAGCCAUAGAAGCUGUUUUUGUUUUCCCUCUGCCCGGAGAUGCUGCUGUCUGCCAUUUCAGCGCUAAGGUCGGACAGACUGAGAUUGUGGCCGAGGUGAAGGAGAAACAGGAGGCCCGCGAGGAGUACGACGACGCUUUGAGCUCAGGGCAACAGGCCUUCCUCCUGGAGGAGAGUGAGCAAAGCCCAGAUAUCUUCUCUCUCAGUGUGGGCAGUCUUCCUCCAGGAGAGAGCGCCUCCAUCAGGCUGGAGUACAUCAUUGAGUUGGCUGUACAGGCGGAUGACGCGCUGAGGUUUUGUUUGCCUGCGGUGCUCAACCCUCGCUACCAACCUCAGGGGAGUGAAGGUGGCGGUGUCCAGGUGACCUCUGUCCCCGCCUCUCAGGUGCCCUACAGUCUGUCUUUCUCUGCUCGGGUGUCCUCUCCUCGUCAGGUCUCCAAAAUCGACUCCAACUGUUCCUUGGAGCCUCUGCAGUACCUCAACGCGGAGCAAAGCCAGGCUGUCGUGAAACUGGCUGCAGGAUACAAGUUUGACAGGGAUGUUGAGCUGCUGAUUUACUACCAGGACGCCCACCAGCCGGCUGCUGUGGUGGAGGCAGGUCAGGUGUCUGCCAAGCCUGGCACACUGAUGGGAGAUGCGGUCGUGAUGCUGAGUGUGUACCCGGAGUUCCCUCAGGCAGUGAUGUCUUCACUGGCCUCAAGUGGAGAAUUUGUGUUCUUACUAGAUCGAUCUGGAAGUAUGGGUUGUCGUAUCAACAACACCAAGAAGAGUGAGACUCGCAUCAGCAGCGCCAGGGAUACUCUUCUGCUGCUUCUGAAGAGCUUACCAAUGGGCUGCUACUUCAACAUCUACAGUUUUGGAUCUAGCUUUGAACACAUCUUCCCUACGAGUGUGGAAUACAGUGAGAAGACCAUGGAAGAGGCUCUGAAGAAAGUUAAUGAGUUUCAAGCUAACCUGGGAGGAACAGAGAUCCUUCAACCGCUCAAACACAUUUACAACCAACCCUGCAUUCCCAGUCAACCAAGACAAGUUUUUGUGUUCACUGAUGGCGAGGUUGGAAACACCAAAGAGGUUUUGAACCAGGUGAAGAAGAAUUCUACUUUCCACAGGUGUUUCUCUUUUGGGAUCGGCGAAGGUGCCAGCACUGCUCUCAUCGAUGGAUUGGCUAAGGAGGGAGGAGGUCACGCUCAGUUCAUCACAGGAGCCGACAGAAUGCAAGCAAAAGUGAUGCAAUCGCUGCAAUUUGCUUUGCAACCAGCAGUGGAGGACAUUUUGGUCAAGUGGGAUCUGCCAAAGGGAGUGUCUGUCACUGUCUUGUCUCCACCUCUCACAUCAAUUUUCCAGGGUCAAAGGUCCCUCAUUUAUGUUCAGCUCACUGGACAGAGUUCCGAGGCAACAGAUGGCUGUGUAAGUGUCGAGUACAGCCUAGCAGGUCAUCCGUACCAGAACCAGCUCCGCUUCGCUCUACAACCCACAGAGGAAACUGGCAGAUUAACCAUCCAUAGACUGUGUGCUCGGACUCUGAUUCGCUGCUUGGAGACAAAGGAGACCGAACGCGGCGGUCAGCAGGAUGAGACAGUGAAGGUCCAGGUGGUGGACGUCAGCGUCCAAUCAGGAGUGAGCAGCUCCUUCACCGCCUUUGUUGCAAUCAACAAAGCAAGCAAAGAAGCCGUUCAAGGACCUCUGCUGCGCAGAAAUAUUCCAGCACCUUCCAUUUACGGCAAGCGAAGAUAUAGAUGUUCACCUAUGAUGACGAUGCAAAGCCUGACGCCUUCUGCUGCUUCUUAUUGUGAUUCCAUGCGGAAGAGAAUGGUAAAUGCAGGCCAAAAAAAUUUUGAAGGAGAAAAUUUCGAUUUACUUAAAAUGGGGAUGCGAAGCUCUAAGAAAUCUUCACCAAGCACGAGGAAUUCUGCGGAUUCUUGUGUUGAAAAAACUUUAGCCAGCUCGUCGCCUACAGACCCUUUGCUGCAGUUGGUUUCCCUCCAGAAGGCGUCGGGCAGCUGGGAGCUCAAACCCACUCUGGCUGCUGUGCUAGGAAAGACCAGCAAGGAGGUGGAGAAGCUGAAGCCUGCAUCAGCGAAUGAGAACGUGUGGGCCACCAUUCUGGGUCUGGUCUGGCUUCAUGGCUUCAAGUCAGAUGCUGAGGUCGAAUGGAAGCUUCUGGCUAGGAAGGCUGCGUCAUGGCUCCUUUCUCUGAAUGCACCUUCUGUGACCGACUGUGUUGUGGCUGCAAACACUCUGUUGGGCUGCAACGUACAAAAAGAUACGCUGGGCCUGUGAGGUGUCCAAUACAAAGAAACUUUGUCAACAUUGCACUAUUUUCAUCCAAUCUGCUUUUCUUGUCGGCAUUCCUCUUCGAUAAGUUGCUCAUGGGUCAAUGUCAUGUUUUCUUACACAAAUCAACUAAAAGUGGCAAACCUGAAACCUAUAGAACAAUAAACAACAUUGUAGGGAGUGCAUACAGCUACACAAAGGCCAUACACACAACUGAUUGUGUUGUCUUGAGGGAUUUUAUGCUAAAACUUUGAUUCUAAAUCCAGUCCCUUUAUUAUUCUAAUAUUUCAUUCUCAAAUAAUUACUAAACAUCACAAUAAAGAUUUCAAGUGGAA